AAAUUUAAAAAUGAUUUAGAAAACAUUUGUCAAUCAGAAUCCAUGGAUCGAACAUCGCGUAGACGUGCUGGGCAACUAAUUAGCAGUAUGAAGGCCAAUAAGCGCAAGAAUAAUGAUGCUCUGUCAUCAACUGUGUUCAGCAACCAAGGCUCUGCGCUCAGCAAUAGCGGUACCAUCAUUGUAAACGUGAUUUCCGGAGCUAAAGAAGAUGAAGCCAAAAGAUAGAAGG